CUGAAGCAGACUCCCUGCUAAGCGUGGAGCCUGACGUGGUGCUCCAAGCCAUCACCCUGAGAUCAUGACCUACGCCAAAAUCAAGAGUUGGACACUUAACAGAGCCACCCAGGCGCCCCAAUACCUUGCAGUAUUAUCAUGAGUAUUAAAUGUGAAAAGGUGUGGGCAAGAUGGAGCGCAACCUCUCUAUCCCUGUGAAUGGAAGUCAAGAGAUGCUCCAUGAGUCUGCGGGCUACACGGUUCUGCGGAUCCUAUCAUUGGUGGUGAUUGGGAUCACCUUUGUCCUUGGCGUCCUGGGCAACGGGCUUGUGAUCUGGGUGGCUGGAUUCCGGAUGGCACACACAGUCACCACCAUCUGUUACCUGAACCUCGCCUUAGCCGACUUCUCCUUCACUGCCACCCUACCAUUCCUCAUUGUCUCAAAGGCCAUGAGAGAACAGUGGCCUUUUGGCUGGUUCCUGUGCAAGGCAGUUCACAUUGUGGUGGACAUAAACCUGUUUGGGAGUGUUUUCCUCAUUGCUUGCAUCGCACUGGACCGCUGCAUUUGUGUCCUGCAUCCAGUCUGGGCCCAGAACCACCGUACUGUAAGUCUGGCUACAAAAGUGAUCAUGGUACCCUGGAUUCUUGCCCUAAUCCUUACUUUGCCAGUUUUCAUCUUCGUGACUACAAUAAAUGAUGAAACAGGGAAUAUAUACUGUACUUUCAACUUUGCACCCUGGGGCAACAGUACUGCAGAGAGGACGAAGUUUACCAUCUCCAUGUUGACCGCCAGAGGGAUCAUCCGGUUCGUCAUUGGCUUCAGCAUGCCGAUGUCCAUCAUUGCUAUCUGCUAUGGGCUCAUUGCUGCCAAGAUACGCAAAAAAGGCAUGAUUCAAUCCAGCCGUCCCUUACGGGUCCUUACUGCUGUUGUGGCUUCCUUCUUUCUCUGUUGGUUCCCCUUUCAAAUGGUUGCCCUUUUAAACACAGUCUGGGUCAAAGAGAGAUUGUUGGAGGGUAAGUACAAAAUCCUUCGUGUCUUUGUUAAUCCAACGAGCUCCCUGGCCUUCUUCAACAGCUGCCUCAACCCAAUGCUCUACGUCUUUGUGGGCCAAGACUUCCGAGAGAGACUGAUCCACUCCCUGCCUGCCAGUCUGGAGAGGGCCUUUACUGAGGACGUAACCCAGACCAGUGACACAACAGUCAAAUCUGCUUUACCAUCUGCAGAAGCAGAGUUACAGCCAAUGUAAGGGGGCUGGCAGACACUUUUGAGCUCUGCACACUCUUAACCCUGCUCCCAUUUCCAGCUUCAUCUUACCUUGGGUCAUACUGAGACACUCAUCUGGAAAAAUACUUUGGUGUACCCUGAUUUUGGGGGGGGGGAGUGACAUAAGGUGUCAUUUUGAUUUUGGACCUCAGUCUUUACCCUGGGAUAAAGUGGAGGUUGUCAAAGAGUACAAGGGAGGAGAAAAGAAAGUGGUAGGAAAUUUGUAAAGUUUAGGUGAGAGUAUAGUAAGGGGAAAACUUUAGUUAUUUUACCAUUAAAAUUUUGCCUAGGGUGUUUUUUUAAAGCUAUUUUAAUCAGAUUACAGAAAUUUCUUUGUAUUCAUAGUUUACUAGGAGUUUUCUUUUCAAAAUCAUGAAUGGUUAUUGGAUUGUAUGACUUCCAUUUUAUGUGUAUAUUAAGAUGAUCAUAUUAGUUUUAUCCUUUCAAUCAUCAUACAUUACACUGAUUAAUUUCCGCAUGUUACACUACCCUUGCAGUCCCAGAAUAAACCACGCUUGGUCAUGAUGUAUUUUGUCUAUUUGUAAUUUAUCUUGCUAGAUUUGUUUAGAACUUCUGCAUUUAUGUGUAUGUAAAGAUGGAAGAUGGAUCUAUUACUUUCCUUUCCUCAAAUGUCCUUGUCAACUUUUACAUUAAACUUCCAAUGGCCUCCUAAACAGACUUGGGAAGUGAUUCCUCUGAUUCUUUUCUUUCGUAAAUGUUUAGAAUUUCACUAGCAAAGCCAGCUGGCCUUGAGUUUUCUUUCCAGGAAGGCUUCUAGCAAUGAGUUCAAUUACUUUAAUAGUUACAGGACUAUUCAGAUUUUCUGUUUCCUCUUCUGUCAAUUUUGGUAAACCAUGACUUUCAAGGAAUUUAGCCAUUUCAUCCAAACUGUCAGAUUUACUGGCAUGAAACA